CGUCCAAUCAGAGGUGAGGAAGCUGACGCGACUUCCGGUUCAGCUCUUCCGUGUACAGCUAAUCAGCUGACUGACAGCCAUGCGGUUCCGUUUCUGUGGAGAUUUGGACUGCCCGGACUGGGUACUCGCUGAAAUUAGCACAUUAGCGAAGCUUUCGAGUGUUAAGAUGAAACUCCUCUGUGCUCAAGUGCUGAAGGAUUUGCUCGGGGAUGGCAUUGAUUAUGACAAGGUUGCAAAGCUUACUGCAGAUGCAAAGUUUGAGAGUGGAGACAUUAAAGCCAGCGUGGCGGUGCUCAGCUUCAUUUUCUCCAGUGCAGCGAAGCACGAUGUUGACAGUGAAUCUCUGUCCAGUGAGCUGCAGCAGCUCGGUCUGCCUAAAGAACACACGACAGGUCUCUGUAAAUCAUACGAAGACAAGCACUCUGCACUGCAAGGCAAACUGAGAGAGACGAGCCUGAGGUUGGGCAGUCUGGAGGCUGUGUCAUGGCGCAUCGACUACACUCUGAGCUCCAGUGAACUGAGGGAGGUGAAUGAACCUGUGAUUCAGCUGAAACUGCAGGCGCAAGGAGCAGAGUCAGGCUCCUCAGAGACGACCGUUGUUUCCAUUUCCGCCAACAAGUUCAGAGUAUUGCUGGCAGAGCUCAAACAAGCCCAAGCGAGGAUGAAUGCACUACAAUGAGGAGAGGAAAAUGAAGUAUGAACUUGAGAGCUGGACACAAAUGAUGCUGAUAGCUGCCAAAAGUGCCAUUUUUAUAUCUUGUACAGUUUAAGUUCAUGUAUGAAUUUAGUCAUUUCAAAAUUCAUUUGAAUUUCUCAUUCCUUAUUUGUAUUGACUGAUAUUUAGUUGUAUUUUUUUUCCACAUAAGUGUUAAAUAAUUGAUAGAAAUGUUUCCAGGCUGAACAAGAAUACUGAAUGGUGCAUUUUUGUAAAAUAUUGUAAAUGAAUUCACAUAAUGUGAUUUGAAUUAUGUUAAUUAUUUGUGUUUUACCUUUCUAUGCUCAUAAAUAACAAAAUAAAACGUAAAACACGAAGAUA